CAGUGUUCGAUAGCAACUUCACAGAAAACGUGGAAGGUUAUCGAUGUAAUUAAUAAACAACAGAAUCACAGAUUGAAAAUAUCGCGGAUAUAUAAAGCGAAGCUAUCAAUCAAAUGGUUGGUAGAAAGAUUCUGGUGCAAUAACACACGAGAAACAUGUUUUCUAAAUUGUUCGGUUUCUUGUUCCUUUUAAUCGUCAUGAUUGCGAUGGUUGUUGUUGCUGAUUCUGGAGAAAAAGGAGAAUGUGUACCUGGUAAAAGUUAUUAUGACGGAUGUAAUACUUGUUAUUGCCAUAAAAGUGGAUUUAUAGGCUGUACUUCGAUGUCUUGUAAAGAAAUCGAUCCUGAAACUGGUGUUUCCAAAGAGGUUCAGAAAAUACCACCCCCGCCUAACUUUUGGAAGAAUUCAGUUGUUUAAAUUGAUAUAUAUUGGACAGCAUAAAUUAGACCAUAUUUACAGUGAAUUAUCUUAUAUUUGACUAUUAAUAACUGAUAAACUAACAAGAUAUAAACUGUUAUUUUUUAUUAUUUUAUAUUUGAUUAUUAAUAAAUAAAAUAUAAAAGAGAUGUUCAAACUCAAAAGAAAUAAAUUGUUAGUUUAAAAAUUCCAUUAAAUGUUUAAUAUUAUUUUCUUUGCCACUUUUUCACACUUAUAAAUAUCGGAUAUGUGCUAAAUUAUAUUAUGCAAUGAUAUCUUUGCACUUUCUUUAUUUGUCGUUGCCUAAUUAUAUGAUGAAGAAAAACUACAUUGCUCGGAAAAUAGAAACAACUUAUUAUAUUGUGAUAUUAAUCCUUAGUCUUAUGAUCUUUUUUCCAAACUUCUUAAAUAAGCAUUAAUUAUUAUAAUUAUAACAUCAUGUUGGAUGUAAAGUAUUGAAACACUGUAUGUGAUUGGUACCUUCUAAUUUUGAAAUUAGAGAAUUUAAAUGUAAAACUUUUAUCCGUGGCAUUGUAAUUUUUUUUCUUUUUUCAAACCGAGAUCAUAAUUUGUAUCACGAACGUGACUUGAUAUUUUAGGAGGUUAGGAGGUUAACCUUAUUUAGAGGUAUUAUAAUAUAGUAUGUAAUUUUGUGUAUUAUAAUGUGUAUAUAAUCUUAUGCAUGUAUGUAUAUAACCUUGUAAGAGGUAUUAUAAUAUACAUAUAUAUCUACGUGUAAUACAUAAAAAAAUACAUAAAUACAUAGAAAAAUCCCAUUAUGUAGAAAAAAAGUUUCAAAUAAAAUGUCCUUUUUUUAAAGAGAAACGUCUAAUGAUGAUUGCUAGAGACAAUUUUUAUGGAAUUUCAUAUUUUUAUAAAGAUAAUUAAAUAAAUGAAAUUUAUAUCUAUAGUUUUAUUUAGAUGGAUAUAUAA